AGCUGGCAGCUCCCCUCCCUCUCGGUCUAACUUCCUCAGGGCCUCAACCUCUAACUUCGAUCUCAUCGACACAAGACAAAAUACGCAAAAACACAGCCCAACUCCGACACAACAAAUCACUGAUAACGUAAACCACACACACACACACACUUUCCUCUCUUUCUCACACACACACACACUCUUUUACAAUGUUGUCACGAGCGACAUAUCAGGCUAAUGCAGCUAUUACAGAUCAUACUCAUCACUGUUCAAAUCGAUUCUUCAAUUCGAAUUCGAUUUCAAUUCCCCACAGAAAAUCUUUUGUUUCUUCUACUUCGGUAGCUCGAACCGGUCCGGUUUUGGCUGUAGCUACAAACGAGACGAAGAACAAGCAAUUUACUUAUGAGCCUAGCCUUGCGGAUCGGUUAAGGCUGGGGAGUAUGACGGAUGAUGGAAUGUCGUAUAAGGAAAAGUUUAUUGUUAGAUGUUAUGAGGUUGGAAUUAACAAAACUGCCACUGUUGAAACUAUCGCCAAUCUCUUGCAGGAGGUUGGAUGCAACCAUGCUCAAAUGGUUGGAUUUUCAACUGAUGGAUUUGCUACUACCCAUACCAUGAGAAAAUUGCAUCUCAUAUGGGUUACUGCUCGCCUGUACAUUGAGAUCUAUAAGUACCCUGCUUGGAGCGAUGUCAUUGAAAUAGAGACUUGGUGCCAAAGUGAAGGCAGGAUUGGGACUAGACGUGAUUGGAUUCUCAGAGACUGCGCUACUGGUGAUGUCAUUGGAAGAGCAACCAGCAAGUGGCUCAUGAUGAACCAGGACACAAGACGGCUUCAAAAAGUAGCUGAUGAAGUUCGUGAUGAGUUAUCAACCUAUUUUCCAAAAGAAUUGAGGUUAGCUUUUCCGGAGGAGAACAAUGGCAGCCUAAAGAAAAUAGCAAAACUUGAAGAUCCUGCUGAGUAUUCCAAGCUAGGGCUGGUGCCGCGCAGAGCUGAUCUGGACAUGAAUCAACAUGUAAACAAUGUCACUUACAUUGGCUGGGUUCUUGAGAGUAUGCCUCAAGAAAUUAUUGAUACACAUGAACUAGAAACAAUCACAAUAGAUUAUAGGCGCGAAUGCCAGCAGGAUGAUGUGGUCGAUUCACUUACGAGCUAUGAGCCCAUUGAGGAUGCUGCUGGUUUAGAGAUUCAUGGUGCUGCUAAUGGAUCUGCUACCGCUCCAAAGGAUGUAAACAAGAGCUUCUUGCAUUUAUUGAGAUUAUCAGGCGAUGGACUUGAAAUAAAUAGGUGUCGAACUGAAUGGAGAAAGAAGCCUGCAAGGAUAUAAGUGUCAAAAUGUUUUAUUAUCCAUUAUAGCCCAAUUAAUCAUCAGUGGAGGAGCUCUUUUUUUUUUUUGAACUUUCAGUGUUUCUAUCUUUUUUCUUGUGUUUCUGCAGUUUUUGAUUGUUUACCCUCUUUUCUUUUUCUUGGAGCUUUUGAUAGACUUUGGUUGAGAUGAGGCUUCAUUGAUUUGUACUAAUGUUUUAGUUAUGCAAAUAGACAGGAUGAGGAAAAAGUGUACUGUGUAAUAUGGGAACAAUCAUUGUUCUUAUCAUGUAAUGUAUGGCAUGUAUCUCCUGAUGGUAGCUUCAUUUGUUCUUAUCA